GAAUUGCAAGUAAUGAAACAAUCCUUGCCUUAUAAUCUAAAUACUCUGACAUGGGAUGCCCACCAUAAAACAAAUACACAACAGUGUUAUUGCUAUUGUGGAGGAUCUGGAGAAUGGUACAGAAAAAUGCUGCAAUGCUGCCGAUGCAAGCAGUGGUUUCACGAAGCUUGUUUGCAAUGUUUAGAAAAGCCUCUUCUUUAUGGAGACAGAUUUUAUAUAUUUGUUUGUUCAAUAUGUAAUUCUAAUCAAGAAUAUCUGCACAGAAUGGAAUUGAAAUGGGUUGAUGUCACUCAUUUAUUGCUUUUCAAUUUGACUGUGGAACACAAUAAGAAAUACUUUGAUUUCAAUAGUGUAAUUGUUCCAUAUAUCCUUAAAAAGUGGCAAUAUCUUCAAAUAAAAGGAAAGUUGUUUGGUGUAAGAGAGGAUACGAAGAAGGACAAUAUUUUACUCUCACUUAGAACCAAUAGAAAUAGGUUUAUAUGUGGAAGAGAAAUAAAGAAAAAAGGCAAUCUGUGGGGAUUAAGAAGUAGAGUACCACCACCAGUACCAACAAUUACAAUACCUGCCAUUGGACCAGUAAAUGAUGAAGUGAUGGAAGAAUUGAAGAGGUCAAAACAGCAUAAAACUAAAAUGUUUAUUCCUGUUAAUAAUACACCAAUUCCUAUAAAAAAGGGUAAACGAAGAAAGUCUGCUUCUGAUUCUUCCGAAAAAGUGACAGUAACACAAAGAUCAGCAAGAGCAAGAGUGGCUUAUGAAGAUGCUGUAAGAAAGGGUGAAUCUGAAUGUGUCCCAGUCAGUGCUAAUCAAUCAUACUGUGGUUAUACCGGAGAAGCCAGUACUUGUACAGUUUUGGACAGUGAUUUUCCAACAGAAGAAAUCGCCUAUAACACUCUGGAUGUAAUUAUUCCUCCUCCUUCAAAUUUCGAAGGUUUGAAUCAUCCAUUUUGGGAUCUCAACUGGCCAAGAGGUCAGAAUUCUUCGAUGUGUCCGGUUAAAAGAAAACUUAGUAAGGAAGAUAUUAGAGUGUCGAAGAACGGGGAGAUAAAACGGCGUUAUCGAAGAAGAAAUCACGUGAAAAAUACCAGGUUUCGUUGGUAUAACGGACAGACAAGUGAAGGGAGCUUGGAUACAGGUAGCGAAUCUGAUAACUUCGUCGUUGAAACAAUCAGAAAGAAACCUCGGUUCUCCGAGGUUUCCCAUCGAGAGCUAAGAUCUUCAAAGAACAACAAUAACGGUACCGAACACAUCGCAAAUGGUGAGAAAGUUAGAAUAAGAGCCAAACGUGUUACUCCCGAUGGAAAGAUUCAAUAUUUAGUCGAAUGGGGUUCUUCCAAUUCUUGAUAUCAUCAAGAAUUGACAUUAAUUUAUAUUAAUAUUAUUAUUAUUAUUAUUUGUCGUUUUUUUUUAAAUUCAAACAUAGUCUUUCAGAGAGAAUUCUCUUUCUAAAAGAUUUAUUUUCGGCUUUUUGAUAAAGAAUUAUCAAAAAUUUAAAUUUUGUAAGAGUUUAUAUCAGCGAAAAAUCAAAGAAACGUUUAACGAGAAUCGUUUGAGUAAUUCUCGUUUUUAAAGUGCCUUUUAACGAAAGAAAUUUGCGACAAAACCAUUUUAUUGUGUUACUUGGUUCUCAUUUUAAGUGUUUUUACAUUAAAUAUAUAUAUAAAUAUUUAAUGAAACGGUUAUUAUUUUUGAAAAUAGUACAAAUAUGCACUGCCUAUUUUUUUUGUCUUGUAAAAAGUGUUGUUGUUUAUUUUGAAAUAUUGGUACAAAAAAUUCUGUCAAUCUUUAAAGCCAAAGAUUGUGUAUACACGAAAAUUUUAGUUUGUAUUACAGAUUUGUUGGAAUUACAUGGUUCAUUUAAUUUUAUGUUUAAACGUGUAAUUGGAAAGCAAUUAAUAAAUGUCUUGCGUUUUACAAUGUUCGAUCAGUUUGUUGUAAAAUGCAACUUUGCUCUUAUUAUACUUGUUUUUUUUUUAUGGAAUAGUUUCAUUAUUGUACGAUCAGUUCGUAUUUAUAAAAAAAAAUUUGUGGCUCAUGUAAAUUGCUCAGAGAAUAUCCGGAAUAUCAACUAAUAUUUCAUCGAAUGACCAAUUUGUAUAGUAUAAAGACAGUUGAACUAUUUAGAAUAUGAAUUUCGAAUUAGUAAUUAAUAGCUUGAAAGGUUAGAGCCGUUAUAGAAUGCAUAGUUAGGCACUAUACAGGUUGAGCCAAAAGUCUGAUUUUAACAUCAACAACAUUAAAACAAAAUAUUAAUAU